AUGUUCUCUCGCUACCCUGACUUCAAAGUGCAGGACGGAGGACUGGGUGGAGAGCUUAUGUGUCACAAGUAUAUCUUUCCUAUCAAAACCACAAACUCUCACAACGUAAGCGUCACCAUAUCAAUGAAAAGGUCCAGUGCUGUGACAACUGUGUUUGUGCAGAAAGGGAAGAAUUUACAUCUGGAUGUUAACAAACCUGUUGUUCUAGUAGAAGAUACUGAAUUUAGUUGGACAUACAAUAACAAUUCCAAUGUUGUGAGAUUAUUUAAUGAUACAAGAACAAGAAUAAGUGACAGUUAUAAAGGAAGGGUUGAGUUUUCUGUACAAAGUCAUUCUUUGCUUUUGAAGAAUGUGCAACAAAGUGACAGUGGAGUUUACACUGCACUCAUAAGUGGGGACAAAAACCAACGUGUAGCUGAAUACAAGGUCAUAAUUCAAGAUCCAGUGUCUCCAGUUCAGCUGUCAGUGAAGUCUGUGUCUAACAGCACAGAGUCCUGUAACCUCACUGUGACCUGCAGUACAGAGGACUCUCUCAUCAGCAGCACUUUUAGAUGUGACACCCAAACCUGCAAUCAGGAGGGAGGAGAGCAGUCAGAGGUCACAACCUCUGGUUCUUCUUUCAUUAUCUACCUGUUGAAGGACUCCAUCAUCUGUAACCAUAGCAACCAGGUCAGCUGGACCAGAGACAUGAAGGAGAUUUGGCCUCUCUGCCCUCUAACUGCUGUUCCUUAUCUGGGCACUGCAAUAUCUACUGGGAUCGGGAUCCCAGUUUUCCUUGGCCUUGUCCUUGGCUGUCUAAUCAUAUGUAAGCCCAAGCAUUAUAGUGAUACUGAAAUCUUUCCUGACCAAACUCCUAAUCAGACUGCCACAGUUCUUUCUCCAAACCCCAUCUAUGAUUUGGCAGGAUUUCCUGCUGGACCUGUACAAUCCACGGAGACUGAUAACAUCAUCUUAACAGAGAAAAUGUAUGCUCAAGUCACCAAAGCUCCAAAGUCCAACCGCCACCCAGAACUGAAAAACAUAGAUAAUGACGAUGAUUCGGUCCAUUCACAGGACCAAAUCGUGGCGUGUCAUGAUGGAUUUUAA